AAUCUCUUUGUAUCUUUGUGUGACUUACUACAAUCUUUGUCUAAAAAAAUACACUGUCAUUACAGGCUAGUGACUUGUGUCUAUCCUGCGGGCAACGAAGAUGUAAUUACAGCACCUUACAAUGUUGCUUUGGCCACUAAUGAACUGAUUCGAAAUGCUUCAUGUGUAUUUCCUGUGAAUAAUCAGGCUCUUACAGAGAUCUGUGGUCGUGCAAAAUUAGGUGAGGCAAAAGAUAAAACAAGCAGAUAUUUUCGAGAUGUGAACAAUAUUAUUGUUAAUAUGCUUCUUCAUCUGACAAGUGGUGCUCGCUUUCCGGGUUCAUUAAAUGUUGACAUGAAUGAAAUAGCUACUAAUUUGGUACCAUUUCCUGGUAUGCAUUUUCUAACUAGCAGUGUCAGUCCUUUGAGUAGUAUUACCAUGAAGCCUCCACUACCAGGAUGCACUACAAGG